AUGCCUGAUCGAAAUGCAGUUAUUGCACAACAACUAGCAAAAGGAGACGUCUUAUGGGUUCCGUACAGAAAGGAUCCGUUGUGGCCGGCUUUGGUGAACAACGUGUAUCCAAAGAAGGUCUCAUACACUUUCUUCCCACUUCCCGAUGGCUACGAAGAGCCGAAGAAAAGCAGGUUCGGCUGCGCUCCGAAAUUAACAUACGCAUUCGUCACCACUGAACCAGUUCCACAGCACGCCGACGCGAAACUGAAAGAAGCUCAUUCGGCCGCGUGUUCAUAUCUUGCACAGAGAGGAAAAACUCGUGGAGCGGAUAUUCCAUCGUAUGGAGAGGCUGAUGUUAAGGAAACUGUGAAUAUUGUUGAGAAGAAGCAGAAAAAAGACACGAAGAAGGAUGAGAACAAGAAGCUUAAGAGAACUCGAAAGGAGACUGAUUCAGAUGAUAAUGAAGAGGAUGAUGAGAUUCGUCCUAUCAAAAAAGCCACGACGUCCACAUCGGAUCGCUCCACUCCUUCCGGAUCUCAAGAACAACCAAAAAUCACAAAUGAGCAAUCGGAAGCUAUGAUGAAAAUGAUCAACGAACGUUUGGACGCACUUGUCAACGAAAUAUGGCGUAAACGGGAAGUCGUCGAUUGUCAGAAGACGCUAGUAAAUGACAAAAUGAUGAUCAUACUGAAAAAUAAUCAGUUUUUGAAAGAAUCCGACUACGAAACAGUCUUCGAACGCGUCGUGAAUAUCGUCCGCUCGAAAAAUCAAUCACUUUCUCUGAUAUCUGCAUUCAAUCUCACUGCUUCUCAUAUCAUUCCACAUGUACUUAUAAGCUGCUUCUCAAAAAUUAAAAAUAUGGAUUACCAAGCCGCCAAGGACAUUUUCCAUUAUCAGAAGAGACACGCUUUAGGGCUCGACCCAACAAUGAACAUUCCAAUCACUGAUCACUUGGAGGAGCUCUGUCGUUUGGCUAGCGACGAGAUUGAUGCCAUCCGAAAAUAA